UGUUUUUCAUUUUCCUUUACGCAAAAUCCCGCUCCCAAUUCCUGAACAGAAUUUAGGAUUUAGGGUUUUAUUAAGUUCUUUGCAAGUACACUCACUCCAGUUCUUCACCGUCGUAUGAUUUAGUUUCUCCGGGGUUUUCAAAAUGAUGUACGGUGAUCCACAGCAGCAGCAGAACCAGCCGCACCCGCAAGGUGGGGAGUUCCAGAGAGGUCCUCCGCCUCCUCAAAUGACGCGGCAGCCCUCAGCAUCUUCCACAACUCUUAACUCAGAGUAUCACCACCAUGCUCCUCCUCCUCCUCCUCCUCAGAAUCUUCCUUAUGACGGUUAUGGUGACAAUUUUUCUGCAAAAAGAAUGAGAAAGAUGACCCAGAGGAGGGCUGUUGAUUAUAGUAGCACUGUUGUGCGAUAUAUGCAGGUUCAAAUGUCACAGCGGGAUUCAAGGGACAGGACAACUUUGCAGCCUACACCAGCAGCUGCUAUCGAUAUGUUGCCAGCAGCUGCCUAUUUAGACAACCCAUCCACAGGCUUCGCUGCCAAAUUUGUUCAUACAUCUCUAAACAAAAAUAGGUGUUCAAUAAAUCGUGUUUUGUGGACUCCUACGGGUAGACGUCUCAUCACAGGUUCUCAGAGUGGAGAAUUUACUUUAUGGAAUGGACAAUCAUUCAACUUCGAAAUGAUUCUUCAGGCCCACGAUCAAGCCAUCAGGUCUAUGGUAUGGAGUCACAAUGACAAUUGGAUGGUUUCUGGUGAUGAUGGAGGUGCAUUAAAAUAUUGGCAGAACAACAUGAAUAAUGUUAAGGUCAAUAAGUCUGCUCACAAGGAAUCAGUUCGUGACUUAAGUUUUUGCAGGACAGAUUUGAAAUUUUGUUCCUGUUCUGAUGAUACUACUGUUAAAGUGUGGGACUUUGCCAGGUGCCAGGAGGAGCGUUCAUUAAUCGGCCAUGGGUGGGAUGUCAAAAGUGUUGAUUGGCAUCCUACAAAAUCCUUACUGGUUUCAGGUGGAAAAGAUAACCUUGUGAAACUUUGGGAUGCUAAGACAGGGAGAGAGCUUUGCUCAUUUCAUGGCCAUAAAAACACAGUUCUUUGUGUCAAAUGGAACCAAAAUGGGAAUUGGGUGUUGACUGCUGGAAAAGAUCAAAUCAUCAAGCUUUAUGACAUUAGAGCUAUGACUGAACUUGAAUCUUUCCGAGGCCAUAGGAAGGAUGUGACUGCAUUGUCUUGGCACCCAUUCCAUGAAGAAUACUUUGUCAGUGGGAGUUAUGAUGGAUCCAUUUUCCAUUGGCUUGUUGGGCAUGAAAUUCCACAGGUUGACCUUCCCAGUGCACAUGAUAAUAGUGUGUGGGGUAUUGCUUGGCAUCCUAUUGGAUAUCUUCUGUGCAGUGGUAGCAAUGAUCACACAACAAAGUUUUGGUGCAGAAAUAGGCCUGGAGAUACUGCUCGUGAUAAAUUUAACAUUGGUCAGAAUCAAGGCUAUGGUGAGCAAAAUCCUGCAUUAGCUGGCCGCAUGCCCGGCAAUUUUGCUGCACCCGAAGGCCCAACCACCCCAGGACCAUUUGCAACUCGAAAUGAGGGAACAAUUCCUGGUAUAGGAGUUCCUAUGCCAUUAUCGGUUCCAUCACUUGAUGCAUCUUCUCAGGGGGACCAAAAGCAGAUUCAUCCAGGUUCCAUGCCUUUUGGAGCUCCUCCUCUUCCUCCUGGACCACAUCCAUCUCUUAUAGCCAAUCAGCAGCAUGGAUAUCAACAAAACCCUCAACAAAUUCAACAACAGCAACAACAGGCAAUGAAACAGCAAAUGCCACCUCCAAAUAUGCAGCAGCUACAACCUCCACUGCAUUCUCGUAUGCCGCUCCAUCCGCAUCCUCAUUUACAACGCCCUCCACACCAAAUGCCUCCCCAUGGUAUGCCUUCGUCAGUCCCGUCCUCAAUGCCAGGAUCUUUCAAUCCAUUUUCAUCAAUGCCUAGUCCAAUGGGUAUGCAAGGUACUAUGAAUCAGAUGUCUCCUCCAUUACCACAAGGUCAUUUUAUGGGUGCGACUCCUAGGCACUCUGGAUCCUUUCCCACUAGUGGUGGUGGUCCUUCAGUUGGAGCUUUUUCAAAUAGUAUGCAAAAUAUGCAGGGGGCACCAAAUAUGGGCGGCGGCCAAAUGUAUAUGCAGGGUGGUGCAUUCAAUCGUGCGCAGGGUGGUCAGAUGCCAAUGAGGCCUGGGUACAAUCCUCAUCAGUCUGGUGGUCAGUCCGGUAUGCCGUCUCAGCCGCUGACAGGUCCCCCACCUCAUGGCCAAAUGCCACAGUAAGACCUAUGAUUGUAGAUUAUUUGUACCGUUUUGGGGUCUCUUUUUCUUAAGACUAUUGCUUUCGUGGGACCUGAAUAUUGCAACAAUUGGCACCAGCUAGCAAAUGAUUUUUGUUUACUUAUGCGGUAUUUUAGUGUAUGGAAACUGGAAUGCUUGAAAAAUUAAUCCUC